AUGUUGUCAUGCUCAGUGCAUAGUGACGGUGCUUGCAUAGUGACGGUGCUGUACACACUAUCCAGCGACAUCUUUUCUAUCAUCAACUUCUUCAGCUUCUUUAACUGUCUCUGCGUCGCCAUGACCAUCAUCGGCAUGAUGUGGCUGCGACACAAGAGACCUGAACUGGAGCGCCCCAUCAAGGUGAAUCUCCUACUCCCGGUGAGUUUUGUGGUAGCGUGUGUGUUCCUCAUUGCGGUGUCAUUUGGGAAGACGUCCGUGGAGUGUGGCAUCGGCUUUGGUAUCAUCGCCACUGGGGUACCAAAGCUGCUGAACGUGGUUCCUCAGGACUCAUGGACUCAUCCUUUUGUCCACUGCAACCCAAGCCGCUGUAUCACCACUGAAGCAGUGCUGGACGGUCAAUGUGUGCUCAUCUCAGGCUGA